AUAAUAUAAUACACUCUUAGGGCGAUUUUUAUAUUUUAUAAAAAAGCGAUAUAAUAUUGUAUUUGAGUAGGAGUUGUUGUGCUAUUAACUGGUAUUCGAGACUUAGCGUUUAUAGAUAUUAUCAAUAUUAUAAUUAACACGUAGGCCAAUCAUUACAAAUAAACAUCUUUACCUCACAAGUUGUAAAUUGUAUCUACACAAAGUCGCGUCAAGUUAUUAGUCGGGGGUACUCGGUCCGCCGCUCGCGUCCAAACAGAAGAGCGUGCAGUGUAGUGCGAACCGCGCCGUGAGUUGAGCGCGCGGAUGCUGCGCCAUGACGGACGAGUCGGAGCCCACGGACGCCUUCGAGCGGCACGAGCGGCAGCACGAGCGCGCGCCCACCGCCACCGUCUCCAGCCUCAAGUCUGAGGACUCCACCGAGCACCUCAUCUGCAAAACCCCGCAGAAAGUGAAGGAAGUUAAGGAACCCAGUGUUACUAAGAGCGACGAUGCCAGUGAUAAGAACUCUAGGAAGUUGGUGGUGUUUCUGGGGCUGGCGCAAGUGGUGCUGGGAGCGCUGCUGGUGGGCGCGGGCGCUGUGGCUGUGGUGAAGGGCGCCGCGCUGUCCAGGGUCGGAGCUGGGCUGUGGGCAGGCUGUGUGUCUGUCGUCGCUGGAGUGGUUGGCGUGCUCGCCGGCAUCAACGAUUGUUAUGGACUCAAUGUAGCUGGGAAUGGGAGUCCUCUGCUGACGGCGUUCCUGGCGCUGUCGCUGCUGUGCCUGGCGUGCGGCAACAGCGCGGCGGUGCUCGCCGCGACGGGCCUCCACCGCGACUCGAUGCGCGCGCCGCCCGCGACGCCGGCCACUUUUGACGAUGAGAUGCAAGCGUGGACGCCGGUGUUGACCAACAUCGCAUUGUUGAUCAUCGCGGUGGUGCAUUGCCUGGUGUGCAUCAUCACCAUCUACCAGCUGUCCAAGCGGGUGUGCCCCUGCUUCCGGAGCAAGCAGGCGUUCGACCACAACCAGUUCGAUCCCACGUUCAAGGCGGGACAGCCUUACGUGGUGCACGUGGAUGAGGUCAAGAGGGUCCAUGAUGUAGAGAGGGUACGGAACCAUGAGCUCUGCAAGGAGUUGGAGAAGAAGCUGCAGGGGACCUUGAAGAAGAAGCAGGAGGAGAGUCCAGAGUACGGCAGCGCGAACAGCAAGGAGCGGUUGGUGACGCGCUGGCUCGGGCGGCAGCCGGCCGGGGCGGGUGGCGCGGGGGGCGGCGCGGGGGGCACGGCGGGGCGCGCGCGGCGCCACGGCGUGAGGAAGCCUCGGAAGCUCGCGCACGCGCACGCGCCCGUCGUGCUGCUGCCCGCGCACCCGGCGAGCACGGUGAGUCCCGCGGUGUACUGA